CAAUACACAAGAUCCCUUUGGUGAGCUAUGUUCAAGCAAACCUGCACCGACCUGACCAAGCUGCCGAAGCAACGGGUUCGCCAAUGGCUGUCCUCCAUCGAAUCGGUGAUCUGCGAUGCGGACGGAGUGCUUUGGCACUUUUCCAAGUCUCUCGAUGGGGCAAUUGAUACCUUCAACCAGUUGAACAGCUCCGGCCGAAAGACCUUUAUUAUUUCGAACAACUCGGAGCUUUCGCGAAUGGAAAUGGCCAAGAAGGCAAAGGAUUUUGGCUAUGGUAUCGAGAAAGAAAAUAUCCUGACUUCGGCCUAUUCGGUCGCCAAUUUCCUGGCCACCAAGAAGUUCCAGAAGAAGGCGUUCGUCAUGGGCGAAAGGGGAAUCCAUCACGAGUUGGAGGAGUGUGGCAUAUGUUCGAUGAAGGUAUCAGAGACGCUGCAGAAACCGAUUCAUGAGUUCGUGGCUGAAUUAAAACAGGAUCCCGAUGUUGGGGCAGUGGUUGUGGGUCGCGAUGAGGGCUUCAACAUGGCCAAGUUGGUGCGGGCUGGCACCUAUUUGCUGAAUCACGAGAUAAUAUUUCUGGGCACUUGCCUGGAUGCCGCCUAUCCGAUUGGCAAUAAUCGAGUGAUGAUUGGCGCCGGUGCCACCUUGGCGGCCAUGAAGGUCCUUACUGGACGAAAGCCACUGGUCACGGGAAAACCCAAUCCCUGGAUGGCGGCUCCACUCCUGCAAGCCGGUCUUAUCAAACCGGAAAGCACCUUGAUGGUGGGCGACACACUGGAUACGGAUAUCCACUUCUCUGCGAACUGUGGCUUCCAGUCCCUGAUGGUCGGCAGUGGUGUCAACACCCUGAAGGAGGUGCACAAGAUCAUCGAGGAGGGCGAUCCAAAGAAGAAAGUCCUCAUUCCGGACACCUACCUUCCCAGCUUUGGCCACUUGCUGGAGUUCCUCUGCUAGACCGCAUACAAAUUGUAAAUUAUCAUUGCCCAACGAUUUCUGCAUAAAAUCAAUACCAC